AGCACUUUAUAAACUGCAUAACUUGCUAUGAGUUGCAGUAUUACAGAGGUUUUUCAGAAACUGGAAUUGUUUGUCACAUUCCAGGAAUAAAGAUUUUUCAAUUCAUAUUUUCAGUAAAGGCUAUUUGUUAUGCAACAGAAUGCAAAGUGACCUAUUCACAUCCUGUUCUGGUGGAUGACAGUUAAGUGCAACAGUUAAGGACUGAAAGUGCACUACAAAGGAGUACCAGUGUCUGACAAGAAAGUACAUAGUCAAAGGCAAUUUAUCGAGUGGAGUCCAUUGAAAACAGCUAAAAGGAGGGAUUCGGGGACUACGUCCAUCGCCAAAAUGGCCGACAACGUGAGCUCCCUGCCCUUCUUCUACGGCAACAUCACCCGGGAGGAGGCGGAGGGUUACCUACGCCAGGGAGGCAUGUCCAACGGCUCCUACCUCCUGAGGCAGAGCCGCAACUACCUGGGCGGCUUCGCGCUCUCCGUGUCCCACGUGCACAAGUGCUACCACUACACCAUCGAGCAGGAGGCGGGCAACACGUACGCCAUCAUCGGGGGCAAGAGCCACCGGGGCCCCGUGGACGUCAUCGACUACCACUCCCAGGAGACGGACGGCCUGGUGUGCCUGCUGAAGAAGCCCUGCAACCGGCCCAAGAACAUGCAGCCCAAGGCGGGGCCCUUUGAGGACCUCAAGGAGAAGCUGAUCCGCGAGUACGUCCGGCAGACUUGGAACCUUUCGGAGACGGAGCUGGAACAAGCCAUCAUCAGCCAGAGGCCUCAGCUGGAGAAGCUCAUCGCCACCACGGCCCAUGAGAAGAUGCCCUGGUUCCACGGCAAGAUCUCCCGGGAAGACUCUGAGCCCCUGCUGCAGAACGGACCCCGCAUCAACGGAAGAUUCCUAAUCCGUCAGAGGGAUGCCAGUUCGUACGCCCUGUGCCUGUUACAUGAAGGGCAGGCCAUGCACUAUCGCAUCGACAAAGACUCGUCUGCCAAACUCUCCAUACCAGAAGGCCGGAAAUUUGACACACUGUGGCAGCUGGUGGAGCACUAUUCCUACAAACCAGAUGGCCUUUUGUGUGUCCUGACCCAGCCCUGUUCACGAGGGGACGGAGACUUUGAUAAUAUAGCACCGUCUCUGCCACAAGAUCACCCUGGGGGGGCAGCCAGUGGAUUUUUCUCCAGACUCAAAAAUUACUCUGUUCCCAUUCCUGGAAAAAAAAAGAUUUGGGGAGGAUCACGCAACAACACAACAGACAAUCUUAAUCCUUACGAAGCUAACAUACCUCAUUAUGGAUCGAGCAAAGGCCCAGAGGCCAUGCCUAUGGACACGGAGGUGUACGAGAGCCCCUACGCAGACCCUGAUGAGCUGAGGAACUCGGUGGUGCUGCGGGAACACCUCAUCCUGGAGGACGGAGAGCUGGGUUCCGGGAACUUUGGAACCGUUCUGAAGGGCACCUACAAGAUGAAGAAGGCCCAGAAGCAGGUCGCGGUGAAGAUCCUGAAGAACAGCGACAACGACGGGGCGAUGCGUGACGAGAUGCUGCGGGAGGCCAACCUCAUGCAGCAGCUUGACAACCCCUACAUCGUCCGCAUGAUCGGCAUCUGCGAGUCGGAGAACCUCAUGCUGGUCAUGGAGCUGGCUGACCUGGGCCCGCUCAACAAGUUCCUCCAGAAGAACAGAUAUUUAAGCGUGAAGAACAUCACUGAGUUGGUGCACCAGGUGUCCAUGGGCAUGAAGUACCUGGAGGAGAACAACUUUGUCCACAGGGAUCUGGCGGCCAGGAACGUGCUGCUGGUCACACAGCACUAUGCGAAGAUCAGUGACUUUGGCUUGUCCAAAGCUCUCACCGAGGAGGAGAAUUACUAUAAGUCUAAAGGUCAUGGGAAGUGGCCUGUGAAGUGGUACGCACCAGAAUGUAUGAACUACCUGAAAUUUUCUUCAAAAAGUGACGUAUGGAGUUUCGGGGUCUUGAUGUGGGAGGCCUUUUCACUCGGGCAAAAACCCUACAAGGGGAUGAAAGGGAAUGAAGUCAUGCAGAUGAUUGAUAGUGGCAGGCGCAUGGAGCCUCCAGCCAACUGUCCAGACGAGAUGUAUGACCUCAUGAAGAAGUGCUGGAUAUUCAAGUUUGAGGAAAGGCCUGGAUUUGCAGUGGUUGAGCCAAGACUAAGAGAUUUCUACUAUGACAUUGCCCAGUGAUGGUUUCAUAUCAUCCUCUACUGGUACACGAAUAAACAAAGGAACAUGCAUUGCCGAAGAGGAACUGUUAGUAACCCCCUAUAAAAUAAAUUCCAAAUGCUCGUCUGUAUAUAUGCUCUUACCUUUUAUAUGUAGUUUUACAGGGAAACCAUGUUUGAUUGCUUUGUUAUGGGUCAUUUGAGGCAUUCAUAUAUGCGCUAAUACUAUGUUGGAAUGCAACACUUUGGAUGAACUUCGAAUGAAGUAGUCUAGACCUAUAUUUGUCCCAUAGUUGGUACUUUGAUAUUAAAGCAUGAAUCUCAAUGUAUCAACUAUGGGACAAAUAUAUAUAAGGAGAUCUUAUUAACUAAUGCUUCCUUUCAAACUAACUAAAUGUAAGAAAAAUUAAGCAUGUGCCUUUUAUGCGUGUUUGAAGUUUAGAAAAGUAGGCUAUACAAGUCCACGGGCAAAGAUGGCCAUAGGCGUGUGCUUGAAAUUGUUAUAUAAACAGUAAUUAGGACGAAAAUGUGUAUGCCAUAUAUGUCUAUCUAUAGUCAAUAAAGUAUUCUGCCUAAAGGUAGGGUAGACGAUUUGGAGAAGCUAGCCAAAGCGGGAUACAUUUUGAAGUAUCCAACCGAAGAUACCAACCCCUCCUCAGGUCGCAUUUAUGCAGUAUCUCACGAGAGGGAGUGCUGUUGUACUGAAUAUCAGCACGGCUGUGAUUUGGUCAUAGGUUCGAGGCCACAGGCCGGCAGCCAGGGUUAUUUCCUUAACUUCGUACUCUUCUGAUGACCAUUAUUAAUUUAAAUCAAAUGUUAUUUCAGGAAAAAUGUCCAUCUUUGCGGUGCAAAGUUUGUUGCUAUCUGAUUCUAAAUUACAUAAAGAUCUUUAAUAAUAGUAACGGUUAUUAAAACACCUGCAAAGCGGAGUGAACAUGUAUAGUUAAUAGUCCCAGUGCUGUUAUACUCUAUAUCAGCACUCAGGAUGCUUCUCGUCCAAUCUCAUUACUUGGUCGGAACUAACUGUUGUAUAAACAGUACCCUACAAAAACUAGCUUUAGCAAGGUCUGCCUAGCCUUGGGCAAUGCAGUCUCGCAGGUAGCGAUGACCAGCCAUGCAACAGAUACAGGAUUUUUGUAUAUUUUUUUGUCACUGCAUUUGAUUUAUUGUGUAUUUAAUCAAAUAUGAAAAAAAUGCUUCUAAAAUAAAUUGCCUACCCCUC